UUAGAUACUUAUAUUUUAGCACAGUUUUUCAGCUUUAUGGUGUUUUUUACUCCACCUGUUUCUGCUGUACUAAUUUCUCCUGUGGAAUCUACAGUAUAUGAUGCCUUUCGGUUUUGUAGCCUCGUAAGUCUCUCUGGAUGAGGAAGUCUGUCUAAUAAAUUAGUAACAGCAGUAACAUUUUUAGGCCCCAUAUCUAAGCUGACUAUCUGCAUAUACUUCUGGUGUGGUUGCACAAAGAAAGAGAGGAUCCAGGAGUCUGUGUAGUUCCAUUUGUAUCUUUUCUCAACAAGCUCUGAAAAACGAGUACGAAACUCUCCGAGCCAAGUAUGAUGACCUUCAGAAGUACAAAAGUAUGAUGGAGAAUCGUUUAACUGAAUAUAAGAAGAGCUUUGAAGAGCUACCAAAGUGUGUGAGCGACCUGUUAGAGACAUCUUCAAUUCUGGAAGCCUUUCGAGUGAGUGAAGACUGCAUGACUUGUCGUUAUGGUUGGAAACGCUUCAACGGAAAGUGCUACUUCUUCUCCAGUGACAGAUUGAAUUGGUCACAGAGUCGAGACGAUUGUGUCACCAAAGGAGGACACCUGGCAAUCAUAGACUCUACAGAGGAGCAGACAUUCUUAGAUAAUACAGCGAAUUCGAAAAUGGAACACGCCAGUGACAAUUUCUGGAUCGGAAUAACAGAUUCAGAGACAGAGGAUCAGUGGGUUUGGGUGGACAACACGCCUCUCGACAACAACAAGAAGUUCUGGGUGCGUGGAGAACCAGAUGACUGGAAAGGACGGCAUGGCGAAUUAAAGUUCGGGGAAGACUGUGCCAGGACGGGAAUAUAUGGCUGUGCAGUAUCUUGUUGGGGCGACUCAAACUGUAGUGCACAAAGGAGAAGGAUUUGUGAGGCCAAAGGAGUGUAAGCAUCAGCAAAUGAGAACAUUACCUAGUAUGCAGUUUUUGUCUUUUAAAAUGACCACUACGUUUUAAGCCUUUCGUGAACAAGAUAUGCUUUCAGUGAAUUGUCAGUCUGCUCUGUUGAUUUAAUAGAUUUUUAGUUCCAUGUAC